UUUUUUUUUUCAUUGACUUUCUAUUUUUCUUUCUUUUUUUUUUCAAUAUUUUUUCCUUUAUUACUAAUAAAUUGUUACUCCUUCAAUACAAACAUGUCCGGUGAUAUUGAUACUUUGGUUGGAAUGGGCUUUUCUAGAGGGAAAGUUCAAAAAGCGUGGAAAGCUGUGAACGGUGCUGGUCUUCAACCUGCCAUGGAUUGGCUCUUGAGUCAUCCUGACGUUUCCGACGAACCAGAAGAAGAUCAACAAGGACAAGCUUUAGGUUCUACUUCUACAGAAUCAUCGACAUCAAAAGAAGAAGGUGAAAUCAAGGAUGGUGAACAAACAGCUCAAAGUCUGAUAUGCAAUGAUUGUCAAAAAUUAUUCCGUGAUGCCACUUCUGCUGAACGUCAUGCUAUAAAAACGCAACAUCAAAAUUUUUCAGAAAGUACAGAAAUCAUCAAACCAUUGACAGAAGAAGAAAAGAAACAAAAACUAGCAGAACUUAAAGCACGACUGGCAGAAAAACGGGCAAAGGAAGCAGCAAAUAGUAUAGAGGAACAAAAACAAGCCGAACGAAUUCGACGAAAAGCAGGUCAAGAUAUGUCAGCACUCAAGGAAGAAAUGGAAGCCAAAGAAAUCAAGAAAGCUUUUGAAGCUAAACGUCGAGAAAAGGAAUUGGAUCGUAUUGCAAAGGCGAAUAUUAAGGCUAAGAUUGAACAAGAUCGAUUGGAAAGACAAGCAAAGCGUGAAGCUUCUAAACGAUCUACGCAAGAGACUACUUCUACUCCUGCCACUACUGCUGGUACUUCUACAGUUGGAUCCAAUCAAACUAUCAAGACAGAAUAUAAUGAAGCUCGAUUACAGAUUCGUAUUCCAAACGCAACUCCAGUAACUCAGACAUUUGCUGCUGAUGCCAAAUUGACAGACGUUUACGAUCAUUUGAAGGCUGCUGGCUGCAAUGGUAAUUUCACUCUUUCCACCACCUUCCCAAGAAAAACUUUUGCUGAUGUAGAUCUGGACAAGUCCUUGAAGGAAUUAGGUUUGACCCCUUCAUCUGCUCUUGUAUUGACUUUUGUAUAGUUAACUUCCCCUUCUCACAUAUCAUGAUGACUCCUUCAUUUUACCUUGUUUGUUUGUAUCCUUCACCGAAACUAUCUUUUAUACAGGAAAUUCUUACUCUCAUCCCCCCGACGAUCAAUUUACCUUUGACACCCCUAGGUAAAACGAAGAAAAAAAAUAAAAUAUAUUUUUUUCCUGCUUAUAAACGUGACAUUUUUUAGUGAUAAAUGUGCUUUGAUAUAUGAAUAAAAAAUGUAUAAUCAUAGAUGAUAUAUCUUUGUUUUAGUAAUAGUAUAGUUAGACGUUUAAACCUCAAAAUGGG